CAGUGGCUGGGCAGUAGUGGUUCGGGGAUACAGGGGCAUAUUGUCGACUGAGAAACAUUUCAAGGUUUGAUGAGUUGUGCUCCUUUUCCAUUGGGACUGUAGUGCAAUCUUCACUUAUACGACAUGUGAUCUGAAAGCCUGAGGCAGAACAAUCCCUGUUUUCACAGGAGAAGCUUUUCUAGGAUGCAAAAGCUUUCACACCCUCCUCCUUGUUUCUAAAAGCUAUCUUCUCUUCAAAAAGAAAAAAAAAAAAGAGCUUAGGAUGGCAUCAACAUCACAGCCUCUGCGAGGUAAAAGGGCAUGCAAAAAAAUAUUUUGGGCAGUAUUUCCACAUGCCUGCUUCAUUCUGUCUCUCGUGAUCUAUGCUUUCCUUGGGGCUCUCAUGUUUUCCCACAUUGAAGGUAACCGGAAGGUAAAUUUAAGUGAAGAAUAUAGAAAUUUUCUGCAGAAUCUGUGGUACAUCUCCAGAAAUUUAUCAGAUAACAUGACGGAAAAUGAGGAGUCAUUUAAGGAAGAAAUCUAUGUACUGCUCAGCACAGCUAAAAGAGACUGGUUUGUCAAUCCAAAAGAUAUAUGGAGUUUCUUUGGGUCUCUCUUCUUUUGCUGCACAGUAUUCACCACUGUGGGUUAUGGCAAUACCUAUCCUGUGACAAGGACUGGAAAAUAUCUCUGCAUGUUGUAUGCUUUAUUUGGAAUCCCUUUGAUGUUCUUGGUCCUGACAGACAUGGGAGACAUCCUUGCGACUGUCUUGUCCAAGUCUUACAAUGAAUUCAGAAAGCUACAGUCAAAACUUCUAGCCUUUAAUCUCUGUUCUGGACCCACAUGUAACAGAGGGGACAGAUCAAAAUCCAGAGUGCUGUCUAAAGCAGCUGCAAAUGAACCCUUGAAUAUUGUGGAAAUGCUGAAAAAUCAGUCAGCUGUUAAAAGAAAGCCAGUCCAAUAUCGCAAUGCUGAAAUUUUUGAGCUGUUAAUUGCCAGAGAAAAUGAAUACAAAAAGCCAUCAAGAAGUAAAAGCAUAGAGAGAUGGAGCUCAUGUCCUGAACUAGACAGGGGAAAAACAAUGUCCAGAGUAAUUGAGAAUUUUGACAAAAUAGGAAAAGAGUUAGAAAAAUUAGAUGUGCCCAUUGUGUUAAUGGUGCUGGUUAUCUUCGUGUACAUCUCCUGUGCAGCUGCCAUUCUCCCAAACUGGGAAACCAGAUUGGAUUUCCAGGAAGCCUUUUAUUUCUGCUUUAUCACCUUGACAACUAUUGGGUUUGGAGAUACACAACUGGAACAUCCCAAGUUUUUCUUGUUUUUCUCCCUCUAUAUUAUUAUCGGCAUGGAAAUUGUCUUCAUUGCUUUUAAGUUGGGCCAGGACCGCUUAAUUGGCUUAUAUAAAAAGGUGAUUUCAUUUUGUGGAGAGAAAAGGAUGCCGUCAAAGAAGGUAUAUCCAAAGAAGUUAUAUCCAAAAUAAGCGUAGUCAUUUCUCCCUCACUCAUAUGCAUUUGCACCUGCGAUGAGAUGAAACUGUUCUUGUGCAUUUCCGCUCCCUGCCUUGGGCUUGCAGGAGGCACAUUUUCCUCUGAUUUCCCAUGCCAAUCUGCUGUAAACUGGUUGGAUGCCUCAGGAGACACUUGGUGUAGGCAUCUCCAGGGAGUACUUUCCAACAAGGGUCCCAUCUCCUAAAUAAUACAAGCAGAUAAUGCAUGAUGAAAGAGCAGAAAGCUCUCCCUGCCAGCACUCCCCAGCACCUUUUGCAAAGCUCUGACUUUCAGCAGGCUUCCUGUUCUCUCUCCCACAACAAGCCAACUGGGGAUUUUUUUUAGCACUUCUCCAUGCAGAGCCCAGAUCCCUGUCUCGUCCUGGCACCCUGCCUGCAGCCAGGGACAGCUGGGUCGUGGCUGUCAGUGCUGAACUGCGAGCGCAUGCUGUGGUAACAGGAUUCAUCAGCAGAGAGAGCUGGGGAGAAGUGUGAACCCAGCUGCUGGUCCGUCAUGGUUGCGUGUAUUGCAAGCAUCUUCGUGCUGUCCAGAGAAAUUUUAAAAUUAAAGAAAGGAAAGUAAAUUUUCACCUCUUGCUCUGUCCCUGGUCCAUAAAUCAGUCAGAAAGUUGCUCAUCUAUCUGCACUGUUUUCCACCGUCACUUACCACAACUGUACUCAGCCCAGUCAAGGUGUGAUCCAUGGUGUCCAGCCAUAACAGUGCCUGGGACGAGUUCUGCUCUUGAGAGGGCCACCUGGGGCAAGGCAUGAAGGACCUCCAGGUGACUGUAGCCAUGGAAUGAGGCUCCACCUUUGCCAUUAAAGAAACGUGAUGGCCUGGGGACACCGAUCCCAGAAGCUCCUUUAAUUCAGGUUUUACUCUGCACAGAAUGCUUGACUUCUGUGCGUCCCUUCACCCACUCAUAGAAAGAGAAGUCUUCCUAUUUCUCUGGGACAUGGUAAGGAUUCCGUAACGAAGCACUGAAGUGUGGGAAUAAUGUUUUUUCAAGAUUUUGCUUAUAUUAUUCAUAAUUUGAAUCAAGCUAUCAACCAUCAUUUUUUAUGUCAAAAAAUAUAGACCGUCUAUAAAAGUAACCACUGACUUUAAUUAACUGCCUCUUAAUGUGUAAAUUAUAUGCAUGCACAUGGAAUGUGAAUGACAUCAUUAGAUAUUAAAGCAUGCUUGAUUGUGAGAGAAUGUAUGUUGUUUUCCAUAGCAAGUUUGCCAUUUGAAGAUGAGAUGUUCAGAAUAUUUACACGACAUCCUAACUCUGUUACAAUCACUGUGAACAGUAGCAUGUAUUGUCCUUGUUAUCGCUAAUUAGUUGUGAUUAAGAACUGGUGAUAUGCAAUAAAUAUAAUGAAUGAGGGUAUAUAGAAAAGUGUUUUAUAAGGACAACAAUAAAGAAGAUAGCAUUUGGAAGGAA